AUGCCCGCAGUCCUGGUCCAGAAUAUGACAUCGUUACCGAAUACACAGGCACCCAUCAUGGAAAACCCCACCGCAGACAAGAAGCGCAACAAGUUGGGAUACCAUCGCACAUCAGUCGCAUGUGUACAUUGCCGACGGCGAAAGAUCCGAUGUCUAGUGGCAGCCGACGACGCCCAGGGUCGAUGCGAAAACUGCAUCCGUCUACGCAAGGAAUGCCAGUUCUUCCCUGUUGACCAGCAGCCUCCCGUGGAGAAGAAGUCCCGGCCAAACUCUAGAAUAGAAAGCGCUUCAACAGAUCCUUCGACUACCUCUUCAUCACCUCCCACCAUGGGUGGAGGUCCUGACCACUCCGAGUCAUUCUUCCCUUACCAACCCAUGCCCUUAGACGCGAGCCAGGAUUCGUCGGGGUUCCAUGCCACUUCUUUUCCUGGCAAUCCCAUGUCGUCAUUCGUACCAGGGUCCACAGAUUUCGCGGCAGCACCAGCAUUAGAUCCACCAGUUCCGUGGGACGAAUACACUACGAUUUCUGACCCCCAGCUAUUGAGCGCUAUGGCUGCGGGGAAGCCCCAGAUGAUGAACAUGCCUCCUAACGCAUGGAGUCCGGGACCGAACAACAUGGUGCCUAUGCCUCCCAACGCGGCAAUGGCAACAACGCCAACGGUCCCGUCCCAAUCGCAACCGAUCAGCCCCGUACAGGCGUAUGCCAUGCAACCGGACGGCUCAGUGUGGCCGGUUCCCCCCCAACCGACACGCUCGAUGACCUUUCCGGCACAGCCGGAGAUGGCUUCGUACCCGAAUCCGAGCCAAUUCAGCCAGCAAAUGCACCCGGAGCUCAAACGCAGGAUGACGAGUCCCGGUCAGGGUUACCCGGGGCCGCCUGUCAAUCCUCAGAGUCCUCCGCCUGUCGAGUUACAGGCGACAACCGUGUCGAUGUCAUACCCCGGCCAGCCAGCGGCCAUGGGCUACCCCGGAUGGCAUGAUAUCAACGGUAUGCCGACGAUGAAUGUAGUGCCAUAUCCAAUGUAUACGGCAGACCCGACACAGCAGGCAGCAUUUGGAAGUGCCCCGGCACACAUGGGCCAUCCCGGGCAGGGCCCGCCACCGACUUCAUGA